AUGUAUAACAAUUACGAACAACUUCAGAGUACUUCGUCACGUAGUAGCGGUAUUCAUACGGAAGAAAGUUUUGUUGGGUCAGGAGUAGGUACAACAGCAUAUCGAUCAGCAAUGGGCCCCCGUGUAACCAGUAGUCAACGAUCGCGUGCAACAGGUUUCGGUAGUGGUAUUUCAAGAAUUCAACAAAGUUCUUUAUCGUCUGUAUCUGGUAGCAAUUUUGGACAAGGUCUAGCUUCGUUAGUAAACGUUGCUGGUGUGGCUAUUCGUGGUAGUCGAUCUGCUACUUAUGCCAGUAUUACUGAUGCGGCAAGUCUUCAAAUUCAAUCAACGCGACUUCGUGAAAAGCGUGAUCUUGUAUUUUUAAAUGAUAAAUUUGCACAAUAUGUAGAGAAAGUUCGAUAUUUGGAAGCACAUAAUCGAAAAUUAGCUAUGGAAUUGAAUUAUUUACAGAAUCGUUCCGGACAAGGUUCAACACACCUCAAAGUAAUGUACGAAACUGAAAUUCAGGAAGCAACAAAACUUGUUGAAGAUUCAAAACGUAUGGCGGGUGACGCACAUUCGAAAAUAGUCGAAGCUGAAGAAGAAUUGAAACGUCAAAAGGCACGAUUUACCUGCUUAUCAACAUCAAGAGCAGAUCAAAAAGAGUUUCAUGAUCUUCUAGAACGAUAUGUUGAGAAUCAAGGUCACAUAGCUUUAUUUCGUCGUCGCGUAGCUGAUCUCGAAGAUGAAAUACGAUUGUAUAAAGUUGAAGGUCAACGUUUAACAUCAGAACUAUCAAGUGUUCAAAAUCAAAUUCGAAGUGAACUAUCGUUGAGAUCUACAUGUGACAUGGACCGAGCUUCUCUUAACGAACAAUUCAUUAUACUUAAGGAAACACACGAGGCUCAGUUAGCUGAACUUCGUUCUAAACUUGUAUCCGUUGAUCUUGAUCCAUCGAAAUUCUUCCGUAAUGAAUUGGCUAUGGCCAUACGUGAAAUUCGUAAAGAAUAUGAUUCACUCGUAGAAAGUCAACGUAGUGAAUUACAAGCUCGUUAUUCUAUAUUAAUUAAUGAUAUCUCUGUUCAAAGUCAACGAAGCGAUUCAACCUAUGCAUUAACGGGAGAACACUACCGAGAAGUUGAACGUAUGCGUGCUGAAUUAUUAGCCGCACAAAAUCAAACAAGUUACUUUCGUUCUAAAGUUCAACAACUUCAAAAUCUUGUGAGUGAUUUACAAUUAAAAAUCAAAGCAUUCAAAGAAUCAAGUGCUUUUGCUGCAAGCAGAAUCGAACGAGAAAUUAAUGACGCAGCUGCCUAUUUAUCACAUAUUGAAGACAAUUAUAAGAAAGUCAUGGCAUUGAAAACAACACUUGAACAAGAAAUUGCAACUUAUAGACUCUAUCUCGAAAGUGCCGACGGUCUUCGAGGUUGUGUUGAUCGAAUUGUACAAAGUGCCGAACAAAAAAUUUACGAACAACCCAGUGGUAGUAAUUAUGCCUAUGCUAGUCAAGGACAAGACUUAGUAAGCGGUGCUUCAACUACUGAUCCUGGUUCAUCUGCUUCCAAUUAUGUUUCGGCGGGUACAAGAACGAGUACGGGUUUUAGUAAUCUUGGUAAACAAUCAGCUACUGUACCAAGUAGAUCUGAAGUAUAUUCAAGUAAUGGAUUAGUAGGACAAAGCAAUAGUCAAGCAUCUAGAGCAAGUGAAUCGGAGCAUAGCAAUAGUCAAGCAUCUAGGGCUAGUGCAUCGGAGUAUAGCGUACCAGCUUCACAUAAAACUCGUGAAAAUAUAUUACAAGGUUAUGCCGCUGCACGACAAUAUACAAAACCAGCGGGUAUAUUACGUAAUAGUGCGUCAUCAUCCCAAGAAAAUUUAUCACAAUAUAUGGGACCAAGAGAGGCUGCAAAGCAUCGUAGUUUAUUAGGUGAAGGUGCAUCGACAUCAUGUGGAAGUGUAUCAUUAGAAAAUAGUCUGAAUGAACAGUGA